GUCAAGUCCGCGAGCUCGAGCCGUGCAGAAAGGGACCGAGGCGAGCAUCUAGCGCGCUUUUUCAACCCCGAUCGUUGCGAUCCGAUCGCCGAUUGCUAGAUUUCCAAUUUUCCUCCUCGUUUUCCACGCAUAGGUGAAGUUUGUGAACGUCCUCUGUGUUUGGUUUGUUCGUUUCGAAGGAUCGAGGUUUCUUUGUGUAUUUUUAUUUUCGGUUUCGUUUUGGAUAACAUGACUUCGAGCUAUACGUGAGAUUUUCGAAGAUCCCCUUCUGAUCGCUUUUUCCCAAAUACUCAUUCCUCGGUCAUCCAGAAUAUCGUGUAGUGACAACCGAAAAUAAGACUGUGAAAAUUAUGCGUGCGUACUUUUGGUACGCAGUACUACUCCUCGGGUCUUGGUGUCAGUGCGAACCAAAUAACGGCGAUCUAGGGUAUCGCAUUGGCUACUCUUCGUCCUCCGCCUCCACGAGAUGCCCCAAAGGAUGCUCCUGCUCUGGCACAACGGUGGACUGUUCUCAUCGAGGCUUGACCCACGUGCCGAAGAACAUCCCUUUGGACACCGAAAGAAUAGACCUACAAGGAAACAAUAUCUCAACAAUAUAUGGCAGCAACUUUGAAGUUCUGACGAAACUCAGAAUUUUGCAACUGAGUGACAACCAGAUCCACACAAUCGAAAGAGAUGCAUUUCAAGAUCUCACAAACCUGGAGAGGCUGCGUCUCAAUGGGAACAACAUCAGGCACAUCCCUGACAACUUGUUCUCCGCCAUGCCUAAUUUGCUCAGACUGGACCUGAGCCAUAAUUUAAUCACCGUAAUUGGAAGGAAGACGCUGAAAGGCAUCCUGGCAGUAAAAAAUCUACAAUUGGACAACAAUGUUAUCACCUGUAUUGAUGAUCAAGCGCUGAGAAGUUUCAAGGACCUGGAAAUUUUGACAUUGAACAACAACAACCUCACUUGGAUUGGCAAGGAUAUGUUCAGCAACAUGUUCAGGCUUCGCACCUUACGCCUAAAUGACAACUUACUGCACUGCGAUUGUCAAUUAUCAUGGCUGGCCAGAUAUCUACGUCACUCGCCAAGGUUGGCCCAAUACACCAAAUGUCACUCGCCCAAUCAUCUGAAGGGUCAAAACGUGGCAGACAUACAAGACCAAGAAUUCAAGUGUUCUGGCUUGGCGGAAAGAGCAAUCAAUGGUGAAUGUAUAAGUGAACCGCAGUGUCCUCAUCCUUGUAGAUGUGCCGAGGGAAUUGUGGAUUGUAGAGAGAAGGGACUGACCAAAAUUCCAGAUCAACUACCAGAAGGCACAACGGAACUGCGUUUGGAACAGAACGAGAUCACAGAGAUUUCCGCUAAGGCUUUUGCAGCUCACAAAAGGAUUCGAAGGAUAGACUUGAGCAACAAUAAGAUUUCUAAGAUUGCACCAGACGCUUUUAUGGGACUCAAAGCUUUAACCUCCUUAGUUCUGUAUGGGAAUAAAAUCAAGGACCUUCCUGCCGGUGUUUUCCAGGGCCUGAUCUCCCUGCAGCUCCUCCUUUUGAACGCAAACGAGAUCUCGUGCAUCCGCAAGGACACUUUCAAAGAUUUACGCAGUCUGAGUUUGCUUUCACUCUACGACAACAAUAUCCAGAGCCUGGGUAACGGCAGUUUCGAUUCUCUGAAGAGCAUUCAAACACUACAUUUAGCUCGGAAUCCUUUCAUCUGCGACUGCAAUCUGAAAUGGCUCGCUGAGUAUCUCCAUCAGAACCCCAUAGAAACCUCUGGCGCGAGAUGUGAUUCGCCCAAACGCAUGCAGAGACGUCGGAUAGAAGCCUUGAAAGACGAGAAAUUCAAAUGUCAGGAAGACUUCAGGACUAGGUUUGCUGGGGAGUGCUUGAUUGACAACGCAUGCCCAGCAGGUUGCACUUGCGAUGGAACCAUUGUGGAUUGUUCGGCCAGGAGUUUGAAGGAGAUUCCCAGAGAUAUUCCGCUUUACACUACAGUUUUAAUGCUGCAAGACAACGAGCUCACUAAGAUCAAAUCAGAUGGACUUUUCGGCCGCCUGCCAAACCUGAUCAAGUUGGAUCUGAGGAGGAACCAAAUCACCGGAAUAGAAGAGAAUUCGUUCGAAGGCGCUUCCAAAAUAUCGGAACUGAUCUUGUCCGAUAACAAGCUGUUGGAAAUCCACAACAAGAUGUUUCUUGGACUGCACAAUUUGAAACUACUUUCGCUCAACAACAAUCACAUAACUUGCGUCAUGCCUGGAUCGUUCGACCAUUUGGCGUCUCUUCACACUCUGAAUUUGGUGCAGAACCCUUUCGUUUGCAACUGCCACCUCGCCUGGUUCUCUGAAUGGCUGAAAAAUAAAGGGCUGAGCGGUUCACCACCCAAAUGUAACAAACCAGACAGGGUGAAAGACGUUCUUAUAAAAGAGCUGCCGAAGAAUGAGUUCAAAUGCACGAGUGAUAACGAUCAGGGGUGCCUUGGUGAAAACUAUUGCCCGCCAACCUGCUCUUGUACAGGAACUGUAGUCAGAUGCUCUAGGGCUGAUCUGAAGGAGAUACCGAGAGGUAUACCACCAGAGACUUCCGAGUUGUAUUUGGACUUCAAUUUCAUCACUUCAAUCCAAGCCGAUAGGUUGAGCCAUUUGAAGGCUUUAACCAGACUGGAUAUCAGUAACAAUCAUAUUGGGAUGUUGUCAAAUAACACAUUUUCAAGUCUUUCCAAGUUGUCGACACUUAUUAUAAGUUAUAAUAAGUUGCAGUGUAUACAACAGAAUGCUUUAGAUGGUUUGGGUUCACUCAGAAUACUGUCAUUACAUGGAAACCAGAUAUCUAUGAUUCCGGAAGGGACGUUCACUAAUCUGAAAUCAAUAAGUCAUAUAGCUCUCGGUGCUAAUCCACUCUAUUGUGACUGUUCCCUAAGAUGGUUAUCGGAAUGGGUCAAGGUUGACUACGUAGAACCAGGAAUUGCGCACUGCUCCGAACCGCCGAAUAUGAAAGACAAGUCGAUUUUAUCCACACCAUCUUCUGCUUUUGUAUGCAAAGGCAAGGUGAGCAACGAGAUCCUGGCAAAAUGCGACGCGUGCUUCACAUUUCCUUGUCGCAACGGUGGCGAAUGUGUCACUCAACCGGAGAGGGAUUACACGUGUAAAUGCGCGCCAGGAUAUCACGGCAAAAAUUGCGAAUUCAUGAUAGACGCCUGUUAUGGAAAUCCCUGCAGGAACGAAGCUACAUGCAAAGUGCUACAAGAAGGCAGAUUCAGUUGUGUCUGCCCUCCGGGUUUCACCGGCUUGAGGUGCGAGACUAACAUAGACGACUGCGCCGAGAACAAGUGCCAAAAUAACGCCACUUGCGUCGAUCUCAUCGAUUCGUACCAGUGCAAAUGUCCAGCAGGAUUCAUGGGUGAUUACUGCGAAACGAAGAUCCCGUUUUGUACCGAUAAGUUCAACCCGUGCAAGAACAACGCAAGAUGCGUGGACCACAACACGUACUACACGUGCGAAUGUCUUCCCGGAUUCAAGGGUGCCAACUGUUCCAUAGAUAUAGACGACUGCGAAAGUCAUAUGUGCCAGAACGGAGCUGCUUGUAUCGAUGGAAUCAACGAAUACCAUUGCAAAUGUACCGGUGAUUUCACCGGUAAAUUCUGUGAAAUCACGCCGAUGGUUGCCAUGAUGUACCCGCAAACGUCACCUUGUCAGCAUCACGACUGCGUGCAUGGGGUCUGUUUCCAGCCAGCUGGUUCUAAUGAUUACUUGUGCAAAUGCGCGCCUGGCUAUUCAGGCAAGAAAUGUGAGUACCUCACCAGUUUAAGCUUCACCCACAACACUUCAUACGUGGAACUUGAACCGCUACGAACAAAACCGGAAGCAAAUGUCACCAUAAUUUUCGCAACGACAGAAGAAAACGGUGUUCUUUUGUACAAUGGUCACCAGGAACAUCUGGCAGUAGAACUGUUCAAUGGUCGUAUAAGAGUUAGCUACGACGUAGGAAAUUAUCCAGUUUCCACCAUGUACAGUUUUGAGAUGGUGUCAGAUGGUAAAUACCACGUCGCUGAAUUGAUAGCGAUCAAGAAGAACUUCACAUUGAGGGUUGAUCGUGGCCUUGCUAGAUCAAUAAUCAACGAUGGUUCUAAGGAUUACCUGAGAUUGUCAACUCCAAUGUACUUAGGCGGACUACCACCUGAACCAGGGCAACAAGCUUUCCAACAGUGGCACCUUAGGAACAUCACGAGUUUUCACGGUUGUAUGAAGGAGGUCUGGAUCAACCACAAACAGGUCGACUUUGGAAACGCUGCCACUCAGCAGAAAGUCCAACCGGGCUGUGGUAUUAUGGAAACGGGCAAAGAUGAGGAUGAAGAACACGAACAGCAAGAAGACGAAAUGGAUGGAAUGAUCAAGGAGCCAGCCAGUCCACCCGAUCCUUGCCUGGGCAACCAUUGCAAGCACGGCAGUAAAUGCGUGGGACUUGAAAAUGGUGAAUACUCUUGCAAAUGCAAGGCCGGGUACAGGGGAAAGUACUGCGAGCAAGGUGAGGAGGAAUCUCCUACUUGUCGAAAGGAGCAAGUACGCGAGUAUUAUUCCGAAAAUGGAUGCAGAUCUAGGAAACCUCUUAAGAUGGCCAAGUGUGUAGGGGGUUGUGGAUCAAGUUGCUGCCAUGCAAGAAAGAGCAAGAGAAGAAAGGUCCGACUGAUAUGCAGCGACGGCACCCGCUACACUAAGGACAUCGACAUCGUGCGCAAGUGCGCAUGUACGAAGAAAUGCUACUGACUGACAGACGCCGCUAUUCACAUUUCUGACGCGCAUUCGCAACACCUGAAUGCGUUCCCCGCCGAGCCCGACCAGCUUGAGGCACCCCGAACAGCCCCCAUGACAUCGAAGGAUCUCAGACAAGACUUAAACGUACCCGAAAUAACCACCGAGUCCAACCAGCCCUACAAGUUGACGUUCUUCAUCGAAAACGAGACGGAGGACGCCAAAGGUUUGCAGCUGACCGAUCUCAGCCAGUCGAACCUGAAGCCGGAGCAGUAUUACGACGAACUGGUUGUUGAGGGUUACGAGGACCCUCAGGAUAAGAUCCGACACCCGAGACACGUCUCUCACGAACCUCGAUGUAUCAUGUCGGCUUUUCUGUAUUUCAUCACCAUCACCACCAUCGUUUACCUCUGCAUCAUGUGGGUGAAGCGACAAAUGCACAUCCACAUGGAGCAGAUGCAGUGGUGGUGAGGACUGGUUUCGAGAGAAGUUUCAGAGUCACGUGAAAUUUUGGAAUAUUGUAAAUUAGAAGAUGUCUCCCACUAUUUUGGUUCAUUUAUAUUGAACAUCGGAAGAUUCGGUUGAAUCUUUGAAAUAGUUUUUUGAAUAAAAUUAAGUGAUAAACAAAAUGG